AAAAGCAAAAUAAGACUAUUUAUCUAAAACAUCAUCCCCACACGCUACUUGAGGAUAAUAAAACAAACAACAAAGAAAGUGAAACACAAAACACCAAACAACCGGGAGCUAUGAUGAAUGGCGAGUCUUCGAUCGGUAGCUAAGAGACUAGAAGGUAAGGUAGCAUUGAUAACCGGUGGCGCCAGCGGCAUCGGAGAGAGCACAACCAGGGUGUUCGUUGAACACGGAGCAAAGGUUUUAGUUGCUGAUAUCCAAGACGAAUUAGGCCAAUCCCUCUGCAAACAGCUUGGAAGCCCAGAAAGCGUCAGCUAUACCCACUGUGACGUAACAUCUGAAUCGUAUGUUCAAAACGCCGUGGAUACCGCAGUCUCUAGGUACGGAAAGCUUGAUAUCAUGUUCAAUAACGCAGGCAUAGCAGGGGAGGCGGAACCAAGGCUCAUUGCUUCCAGUCUCCAUGACUUCAAGAGAGUAUUCGAUGUAAACGUGUUAGGUGGAUUCUUGGGUGCUAAGCAUGCGGCUAGAGUGAUGAUACCAGCCAAGAAAGGGUGCAUUCUCUUCACUGCUAGUAUAGUUUCAAAGAUAAGCAUGGGUCUGUCACAUGCAUACACCACAUCGAAGCAUGCUGUGGUAGGGUUGACUGAAAAUUUGGCAGUGGAGUUAGGUGAGUAUGGGAUUAGAGUUAAUUGCAUUUCUCCUUAUGCAAUUGUCACCCCGUUGUUCCAAAAGACCUCAGGAGUUUCAAAAAAGGAAAAGGUUGAGGAGAUAUUAUCUGCCGCGGGAGUACUAGAAGGGGCCAUAUUGGAACCCAGUGACAUCGCUCAGGCUGCCUUGUUUCUGGCAAGUGACGACGCCAAGUAUCUAAAUGGCGUCAACUUACCUGUGGAUGGAGGUUAUAGUCUCAACAAUCAAACAUGGAAAGCAGGAUUUCCCUGAACAACCAUUAUGCUAAUAAAUUAGGGUUUAGAAUUUAUAUUUAUGUAGCCAACUUGAUAAAUUUACAUGUGUACAUGUAAGCUAUGUUUACUCUCUUCUCUCCCCCUUAUUUCUUUUGGUGGGUGAAAAACCUCUAAUAGCUACCAUCGUACUAUAAUGUGAUUUUUAACUCUAUUUUAUUAGUUGAAAUUGACAAUGUAAAGCUGUUGAGUCAGUGUAAAAGAAAGUUAAUAAAUGUUGCAGCGAUAAGGUUAUUGGUGCUUUAA